AGAUGGAAUAAUACAACGAUUGAUGUUGGUUCUUGCCGUCGUGAUGGGCCACCACCAAAAGAGAAACGCGAAACCUGUGGAGACAUACUGAGAGACUCGCGAAUGCUCCAGCUUCUCUUCAUCAACGGCUUCAUACAGUUCGUAAUGGCAUUCUACUACUUCGGGCUCUCCUUUCUCUCUGUUGACUUGAGCGAUGACCGUUUCACGGCUUAUAUGCUGUCGGCGUUUGUUGAAUUGCCACAGGAUAGAACCAACGUGAACUGUGGACUUGUGGUGUUACCCUUGAUGCUGUACGCUGGAAGACGGAUAUUAUGCCUGGUUUCGAUGGUUCUGCAGGGUUUAUUUGUCAUGGUGGCUCCAUUCCUGAAAGAUUCGCAUUGGUCAAUGGUUACCUCUUUUCUAGUCGGAAAGCUCAUAAACAGUGUAACCUAUGCAGUACAUCCUAUCUACAUAUCGGAAAUGACGCCAACAUCUGUAAGAUCCUUGUCGUAUUCGAUUAUCAACAUACCACAAAGUAUAGGAAUCAUUGUGGCACCAUAUCUUCGCCAUAUUAGCCUUGGUCCGGAAUACGCGAAAUUCGUCGUCGUUGGACUGUUAUGCAUUAUCGCCGGAGUUCUCUGCGUUUUUCUACCCGAAACGAAAGAUCGCCCAAUGCCCCCGGAAAUCAAAAGUCUGACCGCAACAGAUGAUCAUACCGUUGACAACAGAGACAGAGAAGAGCUGCUAAGAGAACAAGAAUUGGAUGACAGCGAGAAAAACUCAUCUGAGGAAGAUGUAAUGCUUCAUCAAAAGGAUUGA